AUGAUGAAUAUUAAAAGUAUAAUUCUUCUACACAUAUUUCUUUUUGUUAUUACUACAUCGUCACCAAUAUAUAAUUACCAUACUUCAAUAAAUGAAGAUAAUGAUUUAAAAUUGACAAAAGAAUUAACAGAAUUUUUAGAAUUGGUUAUUCAAAGAUUUGAAAAAACGAUGAAAUUAGACGUUAAAAAACCACGAGAAAACAUUAGCAAUUAUAGCAAAAAUAAUGAUCUAAAAGAUUCAAUAGAAGAAAUAGAAGAAUCAGGAUAUUUUGGAGGUGAUAUGGUUCUUACUGAAAAUCAAGCUGAUGAAAUAUUUGAACAAGUUUCACAAGCGGCUAAUAAUAAUAAUGUUAGCAUUUCUGACUUAUCAUAUGUAACAAAAAGAAAAAGAAGAAAGAGAAAAAUAAAAAAUGACACUUCAUUGAAAUGGGACACUUCAAUAGCAUAUUACGUUGAUACAGGAGUAAAUAGUUCAUUAGUUGAUGAAGCUUUACGAUUAAUACAAAAAGAAACUUGCAUAGAAUUUGUAAAAAUAAGUCAAUCAUAUAAACUUAGAGAAGGUUUGAAAUUUUACUCUGGUAAAGGUUGCCAUAGUCAUGUUGGUAAAAUUAGUCAAUAUGCAGCUCAAGAAGUAAGUAUUGGACCAAAAUGUCAUACCAUUGGAACUAUUCAACAUGAAACUAUGCAUGCAUUAGGAUGUGAACAUGAACAAUCAAGAGCGGACAGAGAUGACUAUUUAAAACUAUUCAUGGAAAAUGUAAAAAAAGGACAUGAACAUAAUUUUCUUAAAAUUGAUUUAAAAACUUUUUUAACAUAUGAAACUAAAUAUGAUUAUGGUUCUAAUAUGCAAUAUCAUUCUAAAGCAUUUAGUGAAGCUAAAAACUUUACAAUGCUUCCAACUUUACCAUUUUAUGCAAAUACUUUAGGUAUGGAUGAGGGGAUGUCUUUUCUUGAUACCAAAUUGUUAAAUUUGCAUUAUUGCAAUGAUUUGUGUUUAAAUAGCUUAAAAUGUAGGCGUGGGGGAUAUCAAGAUCCUAAUAAUUGCAAAGUUUGUAAAUGUAUAGAAGGAUUUGAAGGUCCUACGUGCAAUGAAUUACCAAAACCUAAACCAGAAUGUGGUAAUGUUGUUCGAUAUAACAUCACAAAUGAAAUGACAAAAAUUAAGGUCGUAGGUAAUUAUAGUUGUAUUUAUCAUUUAAAAGCACCAAAAGGUAGUAAAAUAAAAAUAAAAAUAUUAUUUUCGGCUUAUCUGCCAAAAAAAAGAAACACGUGUCAAAAACAAAAUAGUCUAGAAAUAAAAUAUUUAAGAGAUAAAACACAAACUGGAGCAUUCUUUUGUGAUACUCAAGAAGGUUUAACUCUGGAAACAAAAGAUCAUUAUGUUCUUCUUUAUCAUAGAAGCAAUAAACAAUACAAUGGAGUAGAACUUACAGCAAAAAUUUUAACGCCUAAAUAA